AUGCCACGAAACACACGCAAUUCCAAGUCGACGGCGGCCGACGUAGCAGCUGCCAACGGCGCUCCAGGCGGAAAGACCGACUCGCUCCUCCAAAGAGCUAACGAAGCCGACGAGAAUGUCUUCCUCUUCGUCCCCAACUUGAUAGGAUACGCUCGCGUCGUCCUGGCCGCUCUCUCGCUCUACUUUAUGAAGGGCAACCCAAAGGUCUGCACGCUCCUCUACGGCGUCUCGUGUCUGCUCGAUGCCUUCGAUGGCAUGGCCGCGAGAGCGCUUGGCCAAUCCACAAAAUUCGGCGCUGUACUCGACAUGGUGACCGAUCGCUGUACCACCGCAUGUCUGCUGUGCUUCUUGACGGCAGCCUACCCGCGCUGCGCCGUCAUCUUCCAAGGCCUCAUCACGCUCGACUUCAGCUCGCACUACAUCCACAUGUACAGCUCGCUCGUCACCGGAUCCGCGUCGCACAAGAUCGUCACCUCGGAGACCUCCAAGAUCCUGUGGUACUACUACAACGACAGCCGGACGCUGUUCAUGUUCUGCGCGGGCAACGAGCUGUUCUUCGUAUGCCUCUACCUCAUGGACUUCUACAAGAGGCCAUUGGGGCUCGACAUUGAGCCACUGCUCUUCCUGUUCCCCUCGGCGCUCAAGGCCUCGCCGUGGAUCUCUUACGUUGUCAAGGAGACACCACAGCUCAGCUGGCCACAGAUCGUGGGCACGAUCACCUUCCCCAUCUGCGCGGCCAAGCAGAUCAUCAACUGCGUUCAGUUCUGGAAGGCUGCCAAGGUGCUGGUGGGCAAGGACCUCGAGGAGCGACAGAAGAAGCGCACCAAGUCGCUUUGA